AUGAAAGCAACAUCAAUUCUGAAUAAACAAAACACUUCAACAGUCAUUAAAACCUUCUACUCUAGAGCUUUUUCAGAGAUUUAGUCUAAGCCAAGAAGGAAAUUAGUCCCUUUAGACUCCAAAAAAGACUUUAAGUUUUUCAUUAUGAAAUCAAAGGUCUAAUAAGUUUACAGAGAGGCAUUGAAGGAUGCCUAAACAAUUCAAGAUCCAGAUGUUCGCCAAGACAUGUAUCAAAUGAUGAGAGAUGAGUUUGAUGUGUUUAGAAGACUUAGAGACUAACCACUUGAUCCACAUAAAAUCGACUAUAAUCUUGCACUUAUCAGAAAGAAAAUGACUAUAUUAGAGGAAAUAAAGAAGAGAGUAAUUUGA